UCCUACAACAGGGCUGCCUGGACACCGUUACACCAGCUAGUCCUCUCUCAGAGGCGAUGACAGUCUCGAUAUGAACCAGCCGGCUUUUGGAUAUGAAUAAUUUCCUCGAAAACAGCCUUCCGGAUGGUUGCCAAACAGAUUUUUUAUUAUUGGAUUAACGACCAUCAACCGCCAGCCGCAGCUUUAUCCUGAGAGGCCGGAGAUUUGUGUCUGUGGGCAGGGAGGAGUCCUCCUGUUAUUUCACCGCUAGCUGAGGCCAGGCCAGCAUGUUGGCGUUUUAACAACACGUCUCAGACAUAAAGCUGUGGAGGGGAACCAAUGCAGUCUUAGAGGAUGGAUGUGGAGGUGAGUGCUGGCAGGGACAGCACCUGGAGGAGAGCAGCAGCAGCAGCAGAUGAUGCAGGUGGAGGAGGCAUGGAGGCUCAGGUCGUGCCGCUGGAGCUCUAUGACUCUGCAAGAGCCAAAAUAGACGCAAAUCUCCGCUGGCUGUUUGCCAAAGCUUAUGGUAUAGAUCACAUCCCUGCAGACCUGCGGGACCCCUUCUAUACCGACCAGUAUGAGCAGGAACACAUCAAGCCCCCCAUCAUCCACCUGCUGCUGUCUGGAGAGCUCUACUGCCGAGUGUGUGGGCUCAUCCUGCACGCUGAACAGGCUGCCUCCCUCCAAAGCCACCAGUCUGUCAUCCAGGCCCUGUCCAGGAAAGGCAUCUAUGUCCUGGAGACAGACAAUACACCUGUGUCUGAUCUGGACCUCAGCUCCACUCCCAUCAAGAUGAGCUCCCACAUCCACCUCAUUGAUGCCCUGAUGAUGGCCUACAUACUGGAGAUGAUCAGCAUAGAGAAGGUGGUGUCAAGUGUCAAGCGCUUUUCCAACUUCAGUGCCUCCAAGGAGCUGCCUUUUGACCUGGAAGACGCCAUGGUCUUUUGGAUCAACAAGGUGAACACAAAGAUGAGGGAGAUCAUGGAAAAAGAGCUGAAAAUGAAGCAACACUUUCUGGAGUCGCCCAGUCACCAGAAGCCUGAUUUAUUGCAUGCUCUGACCAGCUGCUUAUUGGAGCCUGUGGAGUUCUCUCGCGUGGUUCGUUACAGAAGAGAUCACCUGUCAGGUCGGACACUUCAGCACUUCCCUUUGUUGGAGGACCUGUUAAAGGAUGUGUGUGACGGCACGGCUCUGCUGGCUGUUCUCCACUUCUACUGCCCAGAACUCAUUAGACUGGAAGAUAUCUGUCUGAAGGAGGUCCCCUCCAUAGCUGACAGUGUGUACAACAUUCAGCUUCUACAGGAGUUCUCUAAUGAGUACCUGAACAAAUGCUUCUAUCUGAAGCCAGAGGACUUGUUGUAUUCUCCACCAGUACUAAAGAAAAAUGUGAUGGUCUUCAUCGCUGAGCUCUUCUGGUGGUUUGAGACUGUGAAGCCAGAUUUUGUACAGCCGAGGGACCUUCAUGAAAUCAGAGAUGUGAGAUUGCUGCUGCAGCCUAAGAGUUCACGAUCCCAUAUUUCCAUCUCCAACGUCAGUAAACGUGGUUUACUGGCAUCAUCAAACUCGGCCGAUGUGUUGGCCAUGCCCCCAAGCCCUGACCUCAGCGCUAAACCAAGCUCAUUAAGCCCGUCUCACUCUUUACUGCCCCUGAGACAGAGACAACAGAAAGUGGCUGAGGAGAGCACUUCAGAGCUGAGAAAUAGGUCCAACUCUCUGACACGUGAUGGACAGCACCAGGGCUCAAUACUGGCCUGGCCAGAGAGGAGACCGAGGCCUUUAUCCCAGCCGGUGCCCUACGCUCUGCACUGUCCCAUGGAGGAAGAUGCAGACAGUAUCAGCCUCGCUCGCUCCAUCAGCAAAGACAGCCUGGCCUCAAAUAUUAUGAGCUUUACCCCCAAACACAUGCUAGGGUCAGGCCCUCCAUUGCCUCAGCACAGACUCAGUGGUCAAAGCCUGCUUAGUCACAUGCGCAUAGAGGAUGAAGAGGAGGAAAUAGAAGAGGAGGAACUGGUUGCUGUCAUCCACCCUUCUGCAUUUUCUCGACGUCGGCUUGGGAGUGACAUGGAGCAGGAUGAGCUGGAAAUCCCGAGUGCACCCUCCACCUCAAGGGGGACUAAUACUCGUCGCUCUCCCCGCCUUGACAUGGGUCCCUUUACACCCGACCACCCGGCAGACAGCUACUAUCUGGAGCCUUUGAUGCCAGCCAUCCCUAAGCCAGCCAAAGAGAAGAGCAUCAGCCUGAACAAGGAGGAGGAGAGUGGCGAGAGUCGCUGUAGAGCAGCAGCUGCUAGGAAAGCAGCCAUUACUGUCCCACUGACCUCACAGAGGAAAGCCCCUGAGUCAAACAGAAGUGGCUUUAUGCCGAUACCUGUGGCUGACUCAGUCCCGAGCUCUCUCAGGCCACCCACAGAGGGGUCUGCAGGCAUCUCUCAGCCUGAGAAGAAACAGUCCUCAGGCUUUUUCCUUCAUUUGUCAGGAGAGCCAGACCAACACAGUCCUUUCUCCACUACGCUUGAGGUAGGGCAAGACUCUGACUCUGACAUCGCAGACCUGGAGGAAGAUGACGAGGAGGACGAUCAGAUGGAGCUGACUAGGGAGAUGGUGAGGAGAGGAAAAGGGAAAUACUUAGAGGAGGGAGAGGUGUGUGAGUUUGGAGAGGGAGAGGGCGAGUCAGACAAACUGAGAGAAGACUCAAAGGUAAGUGAGCGGGACGAUAAGGAAGGCGGCAGCGGACGCUCGAGCCCUUGCCUCAGCACAAUAUCCUGGGCGAGCAGCUGCAGCGCUUCGGGAAGCACCAGUGUCAAGAUGACCAGCUUUGCGGAGAGAAAGCUCCUUAAACUCGGUCUCCGGGAUGGAUUCUCAAGUACCAGCAGCUCUCAGAAGACCACGCCAGAUGGCUCUGAAGUGGCCCCUUGCCCACCAUGGCAGCUGAGGGGUGACUGCAGCUCGAGCUGGCCAGGGAAGGAGCCCAGUUCUGUGCUAGGGAAGAAUAUGGCGGUGAGUCCCUCAGUAGUGCCUUCAGAGCUGCUGCAACUUCACAUGCAGCUAGAAGAGCAAAGACGGGCUAUUGAGUAUCAGAAGAAGAAGAUGGAGACCAUGUCUGCGCGGCAGCGACUAAAGCUAGGGAAAGCUGCAUUCUUGAACAUCGUUAAGAAGGGCGGGGGUAGGAGUGACACGCUUCCUCUGCCCCUGAAAUACUCCCAGGAGUCCUCAGAACCAGCUGACAGGAGUAAUGUGAAGAGCCAGUCGUGCAAGGAUGACUCCUGUCUUGAUGCUCUGAAGAUGCAGGCAAAGCAAACAGAGGGAGGACAGAUGAAUAGAAACAACAGGUUGAACACCCUGCCCCAGGAUAACGGUGCAGAACCUGACAUAAAUGAGUGUUCCCACUCCAUAGAUCUACUCAACGUAGCUAUUAGCUCCAUUCAGCAGCAGAUGAUGCAGUUGUCUUUACAGCAAGACCUGCUGAUGAAGAGUGUGGUCUCACCUCCAGAGCGGGUAGAAUCAAGCCCUAGCACAACCCCCACUACAGCAACACAAUCAACAUCCUCUACCUCAGACUCCAGAUCUUUUGCGGUUCACUUUGUAGACAUCGGUGGCAGCAACACAACCCCCGCUCGCCGUCCUCCUAAGCUUAGCUCCAGCCAACGCAGCAAAACCUCGGAGCGAAAACAAAGUAAAGACAACAGCAAGACGGCUUCUGCCAAGUCUGAUGCACAGUCCAUGGAGAGCAGAGAAAAUUCUGGUGGAUUCCAGGAGAGCGGUAGUGUUGAGAGCUCCAGGCCAGAGAGAAGCAUUCAGAGAAACACCACCUUUAGAGUCCGCGAUGAUUCCACCCAACGCGGCAGUGGAGAGGGAACUGGGUGCCCCUUGGACAUUACACCAACGUCUCCUUCACAGGUUUCAGAACAAGAGGAGAACAAAGUUGCAGACUCACGGAGAGAGGCUGCAAGUGGGGAUGACAGUUCCAGGGUCAAGAGUCAACUGAUCGAGGUGGACCUAUCAGAGCUUAAAGAUCCACAGGAGGACGGUAGCGCAGACGUUAUAGACUGCAUGGCAGAGGGCGAGCAGAAGAAUGUGCUAGGUUUCUUCUUUAAGGAUGAUGAAAAAGCAGAGGAUGAAAUGGCGAAACGUCGUGCUGCCUUCCUGCUCAAACAGCAACGCAAAGCUCAAGAGGCGAGAAUACGCAAACAGCAGCAAGAACUGGAGAGCGAGCUCAAACGUGAUGAGAUCAAGCGUAAGGCAGAAGAAGACCGCAUUCGUAAGGAGGAGGAGAAGGCGCGACGAGAGCUAAUUAAGCAGGAGUACCUGCGGAGGAAGCAGCAAGCGUUGAUGGAAGAGCAAGGUCUGGUCAAGCCUCGCCCACGCACUAAAUCUCGCAGGAACAGGCCUAAAUCACUGCACCGCGAAGAGUCCAACAGCCUCUCCAAAGGAUCCACUACACGUAAUUCUCUGAAGAAGUCCUUGUUGAUCAAAGCCCAGGGCUCAGCAGCAGACUGCAGGGGAGCUGAUCUGAGCUGCAGUCAUCGAGGAUCAACGCUCUCUUUGGCAACUGAGGCAGACAGCGUCAUCUCUGGAGGGGCAGAGUCACAGAGUGUGUCUUCCAGGGCUGGAUCAGUGUGCUCUAUGGAGUCAUUCCCCAUGCUGAGCAGGGCGUCCAGCAGGAACAUGGAGAGGGACUGGGAGAACGGUUCUAUAGCCUCUUCCAUCACUUCAACUGAGUACAGUGGCCCUAAACUCUUCAAGGAGCCGAGCUCCAAGUCCAACAAGCCAAUCAUCAUCAAUGCCAUCGCUCACUGCUGUCUGGCUGGAAAGGUUAAUGAGACCCAGAAGAAUGUUAUUCUGGAGGAGCUGGAAAAGUGUGAGUCCAAUCACCUGAUCAUCCUCUUCCGUGACGGCGGGUGCCAGUUCCGUGCCAUUUACUCGUACUCACCAGACACUGAGGAGAUUGUCAAGUUUACGGGCACGGGACCGCGCUCCAUCGGCCGGAAGAUGAUCGACAAGCUCUACAAAUACAGCUCGGACCGCAAGCAGUUCAACAUCAUCCCUGCCAAGUCAGUGUCGGUCAGCGUGGACGCCCUCACCAUCCACAAUCACCUCUGGCAGGUCAAGAGACCGGGGAGCGCACGGAGGAAGUGAAAACGAUGACACUCGUUAUAAUUUCUGAUCUAUCUACGACUGUUGGGCAGGACCCAAUAAUCUAUGAAACGAUGUGAUCUUGUGACUGUGUCAUUAGACAAGGGAGGUAGAUGUCAGUCUGUGGCAGCGCGAGAUCACGAAACACCUGCCACUGAAUGUUUUCUUUUCUUUUUGUCUCGUUAGCUUUUUAUUCUGCAUGUCACACCUUUAAUUUGUGGGUACGUCUUACAUUAAUUGGGGCACUACUGAUUAUGGACUGAAUCCUAUGUAGCAGUAAAGAUGAGAGUCGAACGCCACUGAAUCUACUUACUCUAGCGAGCAUACUACUGAUACCAAGUGCAACUACACACAGGAAGUGGUGGACAUUCACUUGAUGAUGCUAUUUCAGCUUGGCAAAAAAAAUAUACCCAACUGCUGUGAUUAAUCCAGGCUCCACAUACAGAGCCCCAGUCAUUCACCAGUAACUCCUACUGGUCAGUGCUUUUACGAAGAGGAUGAUUUGAACUCUUUUUUUAAUGUAAGUAUGGAAUGGAUGUUAGUGAGUGGUAAUGUCCAGUCUUGUUUUCUAUUUAGUGUGUUUGGGGAAGUGUGUGAGUCUUUGUGAUAGGGAAGGGGAGAGCUGGAUGCAGCUCUUGUGCGUCCAGCUCUGAAUGUGUUCUCUCUUUAUUAUGCUUUAAAACUGCAACAGAACUAUGGAGCAAAGCAACAAACCGUUUUUUCUUUUUAGUUUGGGAGCUGUGUGUUGCUGUUACAGAAACAGAGGGGGAAAUUAUACUAGUAUUCCAAACAGGAAACGCUUAUCAGACUCAGUGCAUUAUACCUUUUCAGUACUGCAUUAUAUUGUAUUAACUUCAUACUUAUAUUCAAACAAGCAUAUGAGCCACAUGAGAUCUCCGACUGGCUCAUACUGCUGAACCAAAAUGAACCGAGCUACACCACUGAGCUGUUUGCUGCUCAUUAACCACUCACUGGAUUCUGGUGAGACGUACGAUUUUAAUGUAGCUUCUGGCGCUCAACACUAGUAAUUUCCCUGUAAUGACUGACUGUCAGCAGCUGGUGUAAUGUGGGAGGGAGGUGGGGGGGAACUGCACAAUACUUGAUAUUUGUUUGCUGCAUUUUGUACAUUUUUGAGUAGUAUUUUUUGUACAUUACGUACAAGUUAUGUUUACUAAAAAGCAGGCACUAUUUUGAGGUUUAUUCCGUUACAGGCUUUCAGAGAUGUUAUGAGUCUUAUUUCAUUGUGUUAUAUUGUAUGUUUAUUUAUUUUGAAGAGAUAUAAUAAAAUGCA